UUACAUAUAUAAAGUCUCUCAAAAAGCAAAAGUUUUAUUGUUAAUCUAGAAAAAAUUUAAAAAUGAUUCGAACAAGUUGCAAAAACCAUAAAAAAGAACUUUUAACAAGAAUCCUACCAGUAUCAUCAGAAUCGAUUAAUUUUUAUGAGAACAAAUUGAAAAAAGACUUUUUUAAUAAAGAUUUUUUAACUAUUUUACCAUCAGAUACACUUGAUGCACUUCAAGAAGCAGUACAGAUUCUUAAGGAAGGAUUAUAUCCUGUAGCAUUUCCUACAGAGACAGUAUAUGGUUUAGGGGCAGAUGCAACAAAUUCAGAGGCAGCAAUGUCUAUUUUUCAUGUCAAAAAUCGUCCAGCAGAUAAUCCUUUAAUUGUUCAUAUAUCAUCACUUAAUCAAUUACAACGUCUAUUUCAACCGGAUUUUAAAAGUUCAAAAGCAGAAAACCUUAUACCUCCUGUUUAUAUUCCAUUAAUUAAUCAAUUUUGGCCAGGCCCUCUUACUAUUAUUCUUCCAGCUCGGCAUUUAAAGAUUUCACCAAUUGUGUCAGCAAAAAAAGAUACAAUAGCUGUUAGAAUGCCAUCAAAUCUUAUAGCAUUAGCUCUCAUUACACUUUUUGGCAUGCCUAUUGCAGCACCAUCUGCUAAUAUUUCAACAAGGCCAUCACCAACACUCGCUUCACAUGUAUAUUCUGAUCUUAAAGGAAAAAUUCCAAUCAUUUUGGAUGGUGGUCCAUGUAAUAUUGGUUUAGAAAGUACGGUAAUAGACGGUCUUGUAGAUCCACCUGUUAUUUUACGACCGGGGUCUAUUAGCAAAGAACAAAUUAAAGCAUGUGGAGGUAAAUGGGAAAACAUUAUUGUUUAUACAAAUAAAAAUCUGAACAAAACUUCGGAAAUAAUAGCUCGUGCACCAGGUAUGAAAUACAAACAUUAUUCGCCAAAAGCGAAAGUUGUAUUAUUUGAGCAUGUCUCAGAAGAAUCUGUAAUAAAAUGGGUUAUGCAGAAUAUCACUACUGAUAUUAAAAAAAAAAUGCAUAUUGGAAUAAUGAGAACAAUGCAUUGGAAACGAGAGAAAUUAAAUGAUAUAUUUCUAAAUUGGAAAACUCUAGAUUGUGAACUUGGACAUACCGGCACUGAAAUUACUAGGAAUUUAUUUUCUGAAUUAAGAAAUAUGGAUUAUCAUAAUAUAGAUUUGAUUCUUGUCGAGGGAGUUUCAGAAGAAAAAGAAGGAUUAGCAAUAAUGAAUAGAAUUAGAAGCUCAGCAUCCAUAAUUAUUUCAAACUAA